AUGCCGACCAAAGCCAAGCCGUCCAUGUUGCUGCUUGAUCUCAAGCCCAUACUUGAUCUCAAGCCCGAGCUUGUGCUCCAACUCGGGCCCAGAACCCGUAGAGAUGGCAAAGGCUCGGCUGCCAUCCGCCGACUUUGCGUCUUCCGGUACCGAUCAGUAGCGUCGCGGCGGCAACGGCUCGCUGUUGCCCGGCGUCUCGCUCUCAACGAUGGCCACUCUGCACACACAGCACACUUUGGCCACCAUUUUCUCGUACUCCUCUUCCUUUUCCCGCUCUUCUUCCUCUUCGUUCACUCCGUCCAUGCUCUUUUGAAUUGGCGACCUCGCACUGCGCACUGCAUCCCCUGCCAACUUGCAGACGGACAGAACUUUACUAAAAUUGCAUGA